AGGCGGGAGUACAACCAGUUUAACACACCCUCGGGCUCAUGGGCUGCGCCGCUCUCCCAUUUCUCCCUUCACUGUAGGGUGGAAGAAAGGGAAAAGGAGGGGAGGAAAGACGCCGGAUUCCGCAGGCUGUUUUCUCGCUCGCUUGCUCGGUCUCCGGGGCGAAGCGACGCAGCAUCCAGAUCCGACGUGUCAGCAAGAACGCUUGGCCACCGCUCUCGCCUACGUUAUUCCCGAUCGCCUCUCCAGCGCCAGGCAAUGCCCGCCGUCGACAAACUUCGCCUAGAAGAGGCUUUGCAAGAUAGUCCGCAGACCCGCUCUUUGCUGAGCGUAUUUGAAGAAGAUGCAGAAACACUUACAGAGUAUACCAACCAGCUGCUUCAAGCAAUGCAGCGAGUCUAUGGGGCACAAAACGAAAUGUGCCUGGCAACACAACAGCUUUCUAAGCAUCUUCUUGCCUAUGAAAAACAGAACUUUGCCUUGGGGAAAGGAGAUGAAGAAGUGAUCUCUACACUUCAGUACUUCUCAAAAAUUGUGGAUGAGCUUAAUGUUUUACACACUGAACUGGCAAAACAGCUUGCAGACAGCAUGGUUCUUCCCAUCAUCCAGUUUCGUGAGAAGGAUCUUACAGAAGUAAGCACUUUAAAGGAUCUCUUCAGUCUUGCAAGCAAUGAACAUGACAUCUCCAUGGCCAGGUACAGCAGGCUACCCAAAAAGAGAGAGAAUGAAAAGCUAAAGGCUGAAGUUGCCAAAGAGGUUGCCAGUGCCCGGAGGAAGCAGCAUCUGUCAUCGUUACAAUAUUACUGUGCCUUGAAUGCUUUACAAUAUCGUAAAAAAAUUGUCAUGAUGGAGCCCAUGCUGGGAUACACACGUUCGCAGAUUAAUUUUUUGAAGAAAGGAGCAGAGAUGUUUUCGAAAAAACUGGAUGGUUUUUUAACAUCGGUUACAAAUGUGGUGCAGAGCAUCCAAGAAGAAUCAGAUGCUGAGGCUGAAGCCAUGCGGGUAUCUCAGCAAGAUCUGCUUUCAGUUAGCGAAUCAGUCUACACGCCCGAUUUUGAUGCUUCUCCUCUCAUCAACAGAAACCUUAUCCAGAAAGCAGGCUACCUUAACCUUAGAAACAAAACAGGCCUUGUGACAACCACAUGGGACAGGCUGUACUUCUUCACUCAGGGCGGAAACUUGAUGUGCCAGCCCAGGGGUGCGGUAGCUGGUGGACUGAUUCAGGAUUUGGACAACUGCUCUGUGAUGGCAAUUGACUGUGAAGACCGACGUUACUGCUUUCAGAUCACCACUCCAACAGGAAAACCAGGCAUAACCCUUCAGGCAGAAAGCAAAAAGGAAUAUGAGGAGUGGAUAUGUGCAAUCAACAACAUCUCCCGGCAGAUCUAUCUGACUGACAACCCCGAAGCAGUUGCCAUUCGGUUAAAUCAGACAGCACUACAAGCUGUGACCCCAGUCGCGAGCCUUGGGAAGAAGCAAGGUAGUCACUCCUCCAGCCAGGAUGGGAAGUGCAUGGAUAUUCUGAAUGACCAGGCAGCCCCUGAUGAGUCUGCUGAUGCUCUUGUCCCCACUGAGUUAAUUGCACCUGGAACUCCCAUCCAGUUUGACAUUGUGCUUCCUGCAACAGAGUUCCUAGAUCAGCACAGGGGCAGAAGACGCACCAACCCUUUUGGAGAAUCUGAAGAUGGCAAGGAGGACGACGAAGCAGAUUCACUCCUGCAGCACAUGUUUGUAGUUCGGUUUUUAGGAUCUAUGGCUGUCAGAUCUGACCACACAGUGGAGGUGAUUUAUGAAGCCAUGCGGCAGGUGUUGGCAGCUCGGGCUAUUCACAACAUUUUCCGUACAACUGAAUCCCAUCUCUUGGUCACCAGCAAUGACCUGAAAUUGAUAGAUCCUCAAACACAAGUUACAAGAUCAAAUUUUGAAUUAGCCAAUGUGACACAGUUUGCUGCUCACAAGGAAAACAAGAGGCUGUUUGGGUUUGUGGUUUGUGUGUCUGAUUUGCCAGGUGAAGACGGCAUGAGCGCUUAUGUGUUUGAGAGUAACACCGAAGGUGAAAAGAUUUGCUAUGCAAUAAAUCUGGGGAAGGAAAUCAUUGAGGCUCGAAAGGAUCCAGAAGCUCUAGCUCAAUUAAUAUCAUCCAUGCCACUGACCAUUGAUGGAAAAUUCAAGUUACUGAAUGACCAAUCAGAAGACGACAACAUUGUACAUGGAGAAGGACUGGAGUCAGAAGCAUAACUUGUAAUUUCUCUCAGUGGAGAUGAUGGUGCCCGUAACAGAGUACACUGUACUCUCAGCUAUGGUCCAACACGGGUAGGCUAGAGGGAACACCAUGAGAUAAAAACUUGAUCCAAAUUUUUGGUAUUGCCAAAAAUUGACAAUCUUUUUGAAAUUCUCCCAUCACUACCAAGUCAUCUGGUCUAGGCAAUAAUGAACACCAGCAGAGAUUUAAUCCCUGAUGAACAUGCAUCACCACUGUCAACUCAUGUAGCUUUUCUUAAGGAAGCUAGUAAGUUCACAUCAUUUAUAAGUAAAUGCAUACUUGUCUCACAUAAUUCUACUAGCUAUAGUAGAGAGGAAGAAAUUGCACAAGCAGCAAAGUUUCUGAAAGUCAUAAGCUGCACAGACACGCCACAGAAAAACUAAUGCUUGUCAUCUUAAGCACAAGAGAUUGAAAUUAAGACAUUCUUAGCAAGCAGAAUUCUGCAUUCUACUUGGAAUAUAGUCUCAGUAUAAGAAAUACUUUAUUUGCUCCUACUUGAACUUGCAUACCUUUUAAAAAGUAACGAGAAAGCUAUUUUAAACUAGGCUAUUUGGAAAGCUAUUCAAUGCAGUUUCUACUAAUAUCUAUUUUUAUACUUUCAUCUGGACUAAGCUUUCAGAAUUAAUCUAAGUGCCUAAUUUAUCGAUUGUGUAAAGCAAAUAACCCAAGUGAGUGAGGGAACAGGUAGACUAGAAAGCAAGUUAGAGCUGUUAUGAAUCUCAGUCAUUUACCAAGGCUGAAGAACAGUUGAGCGAGCAGUUGUCAGAACUGCCAUUCAAAUAAGCCUGUUGGCUAGCAUUUUUAUUUGCAGUGUUCUGUAAGACGAGGUUACAGCUUUUACUUUCACAUGAAAGAAUAUUGAUACAAGAUGGACUCAGUUCCUCAGACAAAACUAUUUCUUCAAACCUGGAUAUAAGCAGCUUAGCACAAGAAGCACUUUCACACUGCCCUGGGGAAAGCAGUUUCUUCAGAAAGAAGAUCAAGCUGGGCAUAACAGUGCUUAUACCAUUCCUCCUCAUAGGGCUAGCACAAAUUUGGAUAUAUCUGUUUUGGGAGCUUUCUGUUUACUGUUUUAAAUUGUAAGCACACUGUAAAUAAGUUACAGUGACAGCUGGUUCUCAUGAAGAAUUUUAUCUGACUUGUCUGAAUGUUUGUAUGAUGUUUUAAUGUUACAACAAUUUCUGCAAUAAUAGCUAAAGACUUAUGACUAAAUGGAGUUUAGUCAUCUUACAAACUGAGUCAGUCUACCUUUUUAAAUGUCAGAGAUCCACAGCUCUGAUUGGAUGCUGUUUACCACAAUGUAAUCUAUAAAUAAAUGUUAAUACAGUAAUUAUUAAGAGCCUUGAGAAAGGGGCUCAAUUAUAAGUCUAGCUGACAUAAAUUAUAGUGCAGGGCAGAUUCAGGUUAUGAUUUAGUAACAUCUAAGAUUUUUAAGCCAGAAGACUAGAAAAUUGCCAGUAGAAAUUCUGAAAGAGUAGUAUUAUACAGAAGUUUUCUGUAUUAAUGAUACUCAAAUUGUUCUACUUGGUACAAUAGACAUGAAUAAGUAGAUCAAACUACUGAAGUGCAAUAAACUUCUAUUAGUUGAAGCUGUUCCCAUGUUAAUGUUAACAAGUCCAAUCUAAUUGAUAUAAACUACCCAGUGAAACAGAAAUGGAUCAUAACAUCGAUUGCUCUAGAGGCUGAAGUGGGAAGUACACUCUUAAUCUGCCUGCUUGAUGGAUUAGUACUACUCUGUGUACUAUAGAGGUCCCUACUAUAGAGGGAUCUUGGUGAUCAUACCAUCUGUGAAGCUUUCUGUUAUAGCUGACUGACAAUUUAAGCAAAGUAUACUUAACUGCUCUUCCAGCUGUCAUUCAUUAGGAAGAAUGUGGGACACAUUUUUGAUGAGAAAUUACUUAGAAACUUACUACAGAAUAAAUUAUAUUUCAGCCAGCUCUGUGAAGAUGAUUGAAUCAAUCCUAGUAUUCUAUUCUAGCUGUAGAUUCAAGUAGCUACUUUGGCAAACUUGGUUCUCAUUAAAGAUACAGCAUUCAAAACAUCCCAAGCUUGUGAUCACUAUAUACAAAUCCAUUUUUCCAAAGUUGCAUUUAUUAACAUUAUGUACAGAAUAUCUAACAGAAUAAAGAUAUUGAGGUAACA